UUGUGUCUAUGUUUUUCGGGGAAAUGUAUACAAAUUUGAGUUUCUGUCGUAAAAGUGAAUAUUGUAAAGAAGUUUGUUGUUCGUUUAUAAAUAUAAAAGGUAUUUACUAACUUAAAAUCCCGGUGGUGAAAUUUUUAUUUUUUAAGUGUGUGUUAUAAAUAAAUUUCAAAUACAGUUUUAUUUAUUAUUCAUUAAUCUAUAAUGGAUAAGGAAAUUCGUUUCAUUGGUGUACCUAUGCAAACAAUUUUAGAACGUAAGUUACCAACAAUUAAAGAAGUUAUGAGUGUGUUUUUCUAUCAAUUGAAAGUUUUAAAGUUUUCAAUUAAACAAAGUGCUAAAAUAUCUGUUGAACAAGUUAUUGAAUUGUGGAAAAAAAAUCAGAUUCCAACUACUAAAGCUCAAAAUGCAAUCAAAAAGCUUAUCCGUUAUCAUUCUCUUUGGUUGAAAUUGCAAAAAAGCUUCAAAAAAAAACAUCAUUACAAAACCUACAUGAAAAGAAAUUUCAAACUCAACUUGAGGCAUUAUUUGACAUUAUAAAUAAAAAGUGUUUUAAAGACCUUGAUGACAACAUUAAAAAAUUGUACUUAAAUCAAAAGUAUUCUACACGAAAAGAAGUUCUUUCUAAUGCAUCUAACUUAUCUAUCAAUGUGAUGGAAUUAGACGAAAGCAGUAAGUGUACAUUAAAAUUACAAAAUUUUUGUUGUUUAUCCUUAAUUAUUUGAAAUCGAGAUAAAAAAAAGUUCUCUUUAUCUUCUUUAAUAAAAAAUAUUCUUUUUCUAGAUUUGAAUAAACCGUCCUUCAGUCAUGCAAUUGAUCCAAGUGAAGACUCUGAAUCAUCCUCUACAUUUACAUUAAGUGAAGUUUAUAAUUUAGGAUAUGACCUAGAGUAUGAACCAGAACCUGAAUCUGAACCUGAAAUACCAACAAAACGAUCAAAAAUAAAUGUACUAACACCUGCAGUCAUUUCUGCACUCGACAGAGCUAAUGUCAGCAGUAGAAAUGCAAUGUUCAUAAUUCCUCCAAUCCUUUUAGCUGUUGGUAUUAAUAUUGAAGACAUAACGCUUAGUUACAGAACAAUUCAACGUACUCGUAUGCUCUUACGAAAGGACAUUGCGCAAGGUUUAAAGGACAACUUUAAAACACACGACAAAUAUGUUGUGCAUUGGGACGGAAAAAUGCUAAAUGACAUUUCUGGAUCAAGGUUCGUGGAUCGGUUACCAGUUCUUUUAACUGCAUUUGGUACCGAACAGCUACUUGGAGUCCCAAAAAUUAAUACUGGAACGGCAGAAAAUCAAGUAGCAGCCAUCUUAUCGACACUUGCCGAAUGGGGUAUUGUUCCCUAUAUUAAGGCGAUGUGUUUUGAUACAACGGCUGUUAAUACAGGAAUUCACAAUGGUACAUGUAAAGAAAUUGAAAAAACUAUCGGAAAAGAUUUAAUUUGGUUACCAUGUCGCCACCACAUAUUUGAGAUUAUAUUGAAAAGUGCAUUCGAAGUAUAUUGGCCAGUGUCAUCCGGGCCCAACGUAUCAAUGUUUGGAAGAUUUAAAAAAUCAUGGGACCAAAUAGAUAAAUCUCGUUAUAAAUCUGGUAUUGAAGAUACUGUUGUUUCUGACAUUGUUUCGAAUAAGAAAAAUGAAUUAUCUAGAUUUAUUACACAACGCUUACAGUUACUGCAACCUCGAGAUGACUAUAAAGAAUUGUUGGAAUUGUCGUUAAUUUUCCUUGGAGAAAUGCCUCGAGACAAAGUUUCUUUCAAACGUCCUGGUGCAGUUCAUCAUGCAAGGUGGAUGGCAAAGGCAAUUUAUAGUAUAAAAAUGUUCAUAUUCAGAGAUGAACUACAACUUUCAAAGAAGGAUUUUCAUGGUCUUCAGCAAUUUUGUGUUUUUAUAGUUGUAUUGUAUUUAAAAGCCUGGUUUUCAUCAACUUCUGCUACUACUGCUGCUAAUCAUGAUUUACAAUUUUUAAAAGCAUUAAUUGAUUACAAACGAACCAAUCCUUUGAUUUCUUCAGCUACUUGUGAAAAAAUGAUUUUGCAUUUAUGGUACUUAAGUGAUGAACUUGCCAUUUUAUCAUUAUUUGAUGAAACUGUUCCAUGUGAUAUAAAAAAAAAUAUUGUUGAAGCUGUUAAGACUAGUGAAGGUCAAGAUUCCAAAAGUAGAAGAUUUCUAAUUGAUAAAAAUAAUUUGAAUUCAUUUACGCAAAAAAAAAUUUAUGACUUUGUUUCUAAGAAAUCUUUGAAUCUGUUUAAAACCUUUGAUCUUCCUUACGAUUUUCUUGAUAUAGACAUUGAGUUAUGGCCUACUAAUGAAAGUUAUAACGAAAAUAAAGAAUACUUUGAACAAUUGAAAGUUGUUAAUGAUGCAGCUGAGCGAGCAGUCGCAUUAGUAACUGAAUAUAAUCAAUGCUUGACAAAAAAUGAAGAGCAAUUUCAAUUUUUAUUGCAAAUUGUAAAAGAACAUCGACAAAAAUACCGGAACUGCAAUAAAGAAAAUUAUUUACAGUAUAAGUGUAAGAAUAUUUUAUAAAUGCUUUAAAUUUUAUAACUUACUUGAUAAUUAAAUAAAUAAACUUUCUAAUAACCAAUUAAAAAACAGAAAUGUAUUUUUUUUUACCAUUUAAUGAAAUGUUGACUCUAAGUCAGAAAUGAACAAUUUUUUUUAGGUAUUAGUUAACAUGCUAACGACUUAAAAACAAACUUCAAAAACAGUUUAAAACAUUUAUCUUUUCAUAAAAAGUCAAACUCCAUAAAACUCAUAGACUCAAUUAAAAUUUUCCGAAUUAUUAAUGAAAAACUGGUAAAAUUUGCGUGCAUUGGAGUUUGAAGACGAAUAUCUUUACAACGCUUAGUUUAAUCGACAAAUGACCCAAGAUCAUUUUUGUAGAGCAGUUAAUUUCCUACAAAAAAAGUAAUGGCGCAGUUCUAAAAAAAUUUUUUUUUACGAGUUACAAAAUUCCUAAGGAAAACCGAUAUUUUCCAUAAAAUAGUCAAAAUUCAGGAUUUAAUAACUUUUGAACGGUGAUGUUUGGGAAAAAAAUUUUAAAGACCUUUUUUGUAGAGCGUUCAAUUUCCUAUAAGAAUAUAAGAAAAAAAAUUUUUUAAUACCAGCUGAUCGAGAGAUAAAAAUUUUCAUUUCUGAUACUAGGGAAAAAAAAGAAAUAUUAAAAGCGGAGGACCUUCCUAUCAAAAUAAAAAGCUCAUAUUUGGUGAGUAUAUUCUAUAGGGGUCUAGGAAUCGAGAUAUCGAAGUACCAAUUCAAAAAAAAAAAAAAAUUUUUUUUUGAC